UGAUCUGUGAACGAACAAUACUGACCAGCGAGACGACCCAAUUUGGUUGUAUUCCUUGUGUCGGUUCAUCUUCUUGUCUGGCACGACUACUGCGUGCUUGGGUGAGAGUAGCCAUGUAUCAUUGUAGGGGAGCGCUGAGGCUUACUGCCACUGCGGCCUGCAGACUUGGCCAACCCAGUCAGACAAGGGCAACAGGCAGCUGUAAUCUUGAGGUUGACCAGGGUUUUGCUCGUGGACUGGGCCAUCAACAAGCUCGAUCCUUUCAUAUCUCAGUUCCCAGAUUUGCCAAGAAGAACUUCUACGAUAUCCUCGGCAUUGGCAAAACAGCGAGUCAGUCGGAAAUCAAGAAGGCCUACUACAAACUAGCCAAGGAGCAUCACCCUGAUGCGAAUCGCAGCAAUCCGGAUGCCUCCAAGAAGUUUGCGGAGAUUGCCGAGGCGUACGAAGCUCUCGGCAACGAAGAGAAGCGCCGCGAUUAUGACAGCGGUGGUGGGGAGUAUGGGAGUGGUGGUGGUGCCGGUGGUGCACAGUAUCAUCAGAACGCCCAGGACAUCUUCCGCCGCUUCCACGAGCAGUUCGCCGGCGGUAUGGGCGGCGGUGGUGUUGGCGGCAUGGGAGGCUUCGAGUCCUCCGAUCAGGUGCUGCAAAUCCGCCUGUCGUUCCUCGACGCCGCCCUGGGCUGCAGCAAGAGCGUAUCGAUAAAGCACGACGAGAUGUGCAGGCGCUGCAAGGGCCAGAGAGCCGAGCCCGGCACCAAGAACGUCAAGUGCACAACGUGCAAGGGCACGGGAGAGGUGAUGCACACAAUCUCCUUCUUCCAGAUGCGCGACACGUGCCACGCAUGCAAGGGCUCUGGCAACAUCUACCAGACGGCAUGCACCAGCUGCCACGGCAAGGGCCGCACAUCGCAGAGCAAGACACUCAAGGUGCCGAUACCGGCCGGCGUGGAAGACGGCCAGACCGUACGCAUGCAGGCACCGGACGGAAACGGCACAGUCCUCAUCAACAUCCAGGUCGACCCCAGUACCGAGUUUGUCCGCGAAGGCUUUGACCUGCACUCGGAUGCUGCAGUGCCUGUCUGCACAGCAAUUCUCGGUGGAACCGUGCGCGUGCAAGGUCUGCAUGGUCCCAUGAAGGUCAAGAUCCCAGGUGGCACGCAGUCUCACCAUCGCCUGCGCCUGCCUGGCAAAGGUAUUGCACGGCUGAACAACUACGGCACGGGUGAUCACUACGUUCACGUCAAGAUCCAGAUUCCCACAAAGCUCACCACAGCUCAGCGCCUACUCAUUGAAGAGUUUGAUGGAACAACCAAAGAAGUGCCGAAACAACAGGCUCAACAACAACAGACACAGCAGCAGCAACAACAGACUCAACAAGAAGAGAAGCAACAGCAGCAACAACAGACUCAACAAGAAGAGAAGCAACAGCAGCCAGAGGAGGAGGAGAAGACCAAAGAGGAUCCCAUCAAAUCCACUGCUUGAUAUAACAACACCAAAUGCGCUUCACAAGUUGCUUUUUCAGACCUUUGUAUUGCUCUGCAACUCUGCAACUACUUCAAGUAUUAUUAUUUAUCACGCUCUUUCCGAGUUCCUGUUGCGUUUCUGCAACUGUACGUCUGUGAACCAACUAUUUGCAACAAACGUACCCUCUCUCUCUCUCUCUCUCUCUCUCUCUCUCUCUCUCUCUCUCUCUCUCUCUCUCUCUCUCUCUCUUCUCUCUCUCUCUCUCUCUCUCUCUCUCUCUCUCUCUCUCUCUCUCUCUCUCCCACUUCUGCUAGUGGCAGUUUGAGGGCUGGUGUUGACUUGCUAGCUACAGAGCUGUGCUCUUCUGCCAUACUGCUAGUGCUGUGAUCUUUUGCCAUACUGCUGACUUGCUAGCUGCUCUUCCGCCGUGCAAAUACUGCUGCCGUGUGAUGGUGCCAAUCAGUCUUCCUUAGUUUCAGAAGAAAAUAUCCCAGCGGUAACGUUCGUCUAACAAUGCA